AUGACCCACAGCCUGACGAACAACAGCAGGGUUUGCAGCAGCUGGACUGGGAACAGCAGGGCUUGCAGCAGCUGGACUGGGAACAGCAGGGCUUGCAGCAGCUGGACUGGGAACAGCAGGGCUUGCAGCAGCUGGACUGGCAGCAGGAUGAACCACAGCCUGAGAAGGAGCAGCAGGGCUUAUAGCAACUGUACUGGGAGCAGCCACAAGAACCACAGCCCCCCUUGGAGCCCCCACAGGAGCCACAGCCCCCCUUGGAGCCCCCACAAGAGCCACAGCCCCCCUUGGAGCCCCCACAAGAGUCACAGCCCCCCUUGGUGCAGGAACAGGCUGGCACACAGCAGCACACGGGCUUGCAGCAGCAGACAGGCACACAGCAGCUGGAGCCACAGCCCCCACAGCCGGAGUCACAGCUGGAGCCACAGCCCCCACAGCCGGAGUCACAGCCCCCACAGCCGGAACCACAGCCCCCACAGCCGGAGUCACAGCCCCCACAGCCGGAACCACAGCCCCCACAGCCGGAGUCACAGCCUCCAGAGCAGCCACAGCAGCCCAUGGUUCUGGUGGAUUGAGGGUGGAGCAGGUAGAGGAGCAGGUGAGAGGGAGGUGCAGGUGUGGAGCUCCCUGAGCCUGGGCUCUUUAUAUACCUGUCCAGAGGUCAGGGAGGACAGAGGGUCCUUUCCUUGUGACUGUUUACACUAUUUUUCCAGAGCUCUAUUUUCUUCCUCUUUGCUAGUGACUUCCUCCUGGCCCAGUUGA